AUGCGUCUUACCAACGCGAAAAAGAACAAGGAACGUGAAAAGCGUGAAAUGGAGGCCACGAACCGCAAGCACUUGGCCAACAUGCGGGUGGUGCAAAAGAACCUCGUAUAUGUGGUGGGUCUGAGCCCCAAAUUUGCGCGCGAAGAAUUUAUUCCCACGCUCAAAGGACCAGACUACUUCGGCCAAUACGGCCGCGUUGCCAAGAUCCUCAUCAGCAAACGGAUGACAUCACACAAGUAUGGGCACGGCUCGCACGACCCCUCAAUAGGCGUGUAUGUGACAUAUCAAAGCAAAGAAGAUGCAGCACGCGCGAUCGUUGCGAUCGAUGGCAGCAAAGAGCCUGGCGGGCGGAUGAUCCGGGCAAGUUACGGCACGACCAAGUACUGUACGUCGUAUCUUCGCAAUAUGCCAUGCGCAAACCCUGGCUGCACGUAUCUGCACGAGCCUGGCGAGGAAGCUGACUCGUUCACGAAAGAGGACCUGGCCACUCUUCGACACGCGGCGAAAGAUACAGAACACAAAAUCAAGCCCGCCUCUAUGCAUUUAAUGCCCAUUACCAAGAAAGCUACGGAGUCGUCCAUGUCGAUGACGGGGUCACCAGCAUCGACACACGUCACGGCUGCGACGUCGUCUUCAGCCACCACGGCGCCUACCUCGCAUUCUGACACAGGUGCUGAAGGCUCGGCGCUCCCUCGCACGGCAUCGUGGGCAACAGCUGGCAAACUGUACUCGACGCCAGAACAAACGCAUGCUCAGCCCGUUAGUGCAUCAGCGACGCAGUCGCCGCCACUAUUGACGCAGGAUCCUCAUGCUUUCCCUGGCUUGGCCGCAGCGAUGAAAGAAGUCGCCAAGCCGAUGCCGUCGCCCAAAGCGCGACCAAAGUCCAUGGCCAAACCUGCGGUGGCAGCAGCCUCGUCUGCUCCAGCCGGCAAGACAAACAAAAGCUUGGCGACCGACUCAGUGCCGAGCUCACCAACGACAUCAUUCCAUGCGCGUGACGAUGAGCCUUUCAAGGCAUCCUCGCGCGACACUCCAGGUGCAACGCAUGAGCGGCAUCAUCCAAGUCUGGAUGCUGUGGAGCCACCGUCGCUGUUCUCGACAGUUGACUGGACUCUGUCGAGUCUGAGUGAUGGUGAUUUUAGUUUCCACCUGCCCUCGCUGCCGCCAGCAUCUACGAUGGCUAGCACGACGUCUAGCAACCUCCUUGCACCCUCGACGGCGAUGGAUGCGCAGGCAUCUGACUCGGUCGAUGAUCACGACACUGGCAUGUACACGUCGUACAAUGGCACAUUCAAUCCAUUUGACGAGCAUAGUCCGGAUGUGAGCUGGGCAUCUAUCCGAGCGCCUCCCACCGCUGACACAUCCACACCAUCAUCGGGUGUGCCGCCACCAGGCCUCUUUUAUGAACAGCGGCGCACUCCCUUGACGUCCUACCAUGGUGCAGCUGAUGUUCCAUGGUUUGCGCAGCCGCAGCCGCAGACACAGUCACAGUCACAGACACAGCGUCCUCAAGCGCCAUUGCCGCAGCUGCAACCGCAGUCGUCAUUGGCGGAGCACCAGUCGCUUCAUGCGUACCAACAGCAUGCCAUGCAACGUGCAGCGGUCGCAGUGGCUAUGCCGCCCAUGCCAUCCGUGAUGGAUAGCGUUCGCGCGCCGGAGGAGCAGCGUUCAGCAGCCGCCGCCAUGCUUGCAGCUCGUGCAAGGCAGUUGCAGGAGGCUGGGGAAAAUGUUGCAGCGCAUUCGAUGAGCGACGUGCGAACGAAUCUGGCCCGUCAGCAAGCGCAGGCCAAGAAUGGCGACUCACAAUCGCUGCUGGCACUGCUUCGUCGGAUCCAGGAUGUGCCUCCGGAGCAUGCAUCGGGCACGCCGCCAUCAGAGUCCGUGCCAGCUGUGACGCCGCCGCCAGGCCUGCGUCCGUCUGCAGCGCCGCAGCCGAACAUGGCGACUGGCCUGCUGCUGGCACAGCUGCUAGGUACGCCACCAGCAAAGCAUCCGGCGGAAGGGUAUGCUGGAGUGCCGAUACUGAAGCAGACGUGA